UUACGGGUCGGUCUCCAGAUUAGAGAAACAGAAAACACAGUGCUCCUUUUUCCCCCAGAAAGAUUUCUCCUACGCAGGGAAGAAAUCAAAAGCCCUAAGCAUUCGCAGAACUCCAUUUUUCUCUCUCCUCUUCUUCCAUUGGUACACGGAAAGUUCUUCAAUUCAAGGAAAAAUCAAAUUGAAGUUUCAAAUCAUCGAAAAAUCCCCAAUUCAAUUAACAAAUUAAGCAAUGCCUGCCAACAAGAAUUACCACAAAGAAAAGGCCCUCCGUCGAAAGGAGGAAAAGCCAGAAGAACCAGAACUGCCAAAAUAUCGUGAUCGUGCAAAGGAGCGGAGAGAAGACCAGAAUCCUGAUUAUGAGGCUUCCGAUCUGGGAUUUCAUGCGGUUGCUCCUCCCGGCAAUGUUGAUCUCAAGGCAGCUGAUUCACAGAAGUUGGCAAUAGAGCGGAGCAAGUACCUUGGAGGUGAUGUGGAGCAUACUCACUUGGUCAAGGGUUUGGAUUAUGCUUUACUUCAGAAAGUAAGAAGUGAGAUGGACAAAAAGCCAGAAGGUGAAGAAGAUACUGAUGGAAAAGCUAGGGUAGUUAAGGACGACCAGCCUGUAACAUUCCGAACAGCAACUGCAAAGUCUGUUUACCAAUGGAUCAUCAAGCCUCAGAGUGUCGCCAAAACUAAUGAGAUGUUUCUUCCUGGACGUAUGUCAUUUAUUUUUGACAUGGACAAUGUUUAUUCUCAUGAUAUCCCAACUACGUUGCAUAGAAGUAAAGCUGACUGUCCAGUACCCGAGGAAAUGGUUACUGUAAGUGUUGAUGGUUCUGUGCUGGACCGAAUUGCAAAAAUUAUGUCUUAUCUCCGUCAAGGAUCAUCUGGAAAGAUUCUCAAGAAAAAGAAGAAGGAGAAAGAAGUGAAAGGGAAACUCACUACUGUUAUCAGCGAGUAUGAUGAUUUUGAGAAACCACCAAAACCUGAUGGCCUGUCAUCAAAGAAUCAGAAUGAAGAAAUUCUUCCCCCGCCACCCCCACCCCCACCUCUGAUAAAGGACACCCUCGAAACUAGAGACAAACAAGUCCCAGUUGUUGCUCGAGUUGAAGAGGAUGAUAUCUUUGUUGGUGCUGGUGUUGAUUACGAAGUCCCAAGCAAAGAUAUGAGUCAAAGCCCCGUUUCAGAAGACAUGGAAGAGUCUCCUAAGAACAAGGAAAGGACUUCCUAUUUCAAUGAACCUGUUUAUGGACCCGUGCCACCUGCCGAUCCUUCCCAAGAUUGGAAUCAGAACGGCUAUGCUGCUGCUGCUGUACACGCUCAAGCUAUAGACGGCGGGGUUUAUCAGGGGGAGUACCAAUAUGCAGAUCAGUUGGCCUAUCCUGAUCAGUAUGCUGAUCAGUUGGCCUAUCCUGAUCAAUAUCUCCAGCAGAUGCAGGCUUAUGAUAUGCAAGCUAAUGCAAACAUCCUUCAAGAUCCUCGUCUCAUGAGUCAAGAGGAGAAGGAUAGAGGAUUAGGUUCUGUGUUUAAGCGGGAUGAUCAAAGACUUCAACAACUUAGGGAAAAAGAUGCUCGGGAAAAGGAUCCCAACUUCAUAUCUGAAAGUUAUUCUGAAUGUUACCCUGGUUAUCAAUCAUAUAAUCAUGAGAUUGUGGACAGUGAUGACGAAGGUGACUUGUCAAAAAUGGAUAUGGGCGGACGUGCGAAAGGCCGUCUUCAUCGGUGGGAUUUCGAGACAGAGGAGGAGUGGGCCACGUACAACGAGCAGAAGGAAGCAAUGCCGAAGGCUGCUUUCCAGUUCGGUGUGAAGAUGCAAGAUGGGCGAAAAACACGGAAGAACAAGGAGCAAAAGCUCAACAACGAUCUUCACAAGAUUAAUAAGAUCAUUGCUCGGAAAAAGGGUGAUAAGGGGGAGAAAGGGGAGAACGACGAUGAUGCGUCUUAUGAUGAUGUACAGUCUUCUGGAAAGAAGCCUCGCAUAAGUUAGGAAAUUCACUUAUCAUUUUCAUUGUUGAUGUUGCUGUGGCUGUAUUAUCUUUGUAUUUAUAUUACUUCAGGACCUGAUUAAGGUCACUCAUAAGCUAGGAUUUUACCAGCGCAGGCAUUAACACCGAAAAAUCGCAAUCCCAUUUUAUUACAUUGUUAUACUA